AAGUUGGCGCGCAUUGCUACAAUCGAAAUUUUAAAUUUUUAAUACAUAUCAAUUUAAAGGAGAGAUCAUUACAGAUCUAUUUAAAUAUUUUAUUAACUUUAGAUUGGACAAUUUUAAUCAACAAUUUAAGGUCUUGUAAAGAAAAGUUUUUAUUAAAUUAAAGAAUAAAUGAAUAUUUGACAUCAGCAGUAAUGGCGUCGAAUACGAAUUCAACAUCAUCACGCUUCUGCGUUCGGGACGGAUACGCGGGACUUUAAAUCUCUGGUGAAGAAAUCUGAGUAGCCCAACCGGAUUCCCGGUAACUGUCCGGGAGAUGAAAAGGGAAAAACCGAUUCGCCGACGAUCAACAAACAUCCGUUAGAUUGUAAUGUUCGCCACUUGGCGAAUGGCGACACUUGGCUCUGAUAAACUCUAUAUACGUGUCUUUUUGUUCGUCUUUUUCUCUCUGCAACUAAAAAUGUCUAUGGAACUUCCAAAUUAUCCAUCGCAUCAAUCCUCGCAGAAACGGAACAAAGAAUCUUAUCUAGACGGCUGCUGUACCAUGACAAGAUUUUUGACCACUUAUAUAUAACAAAUAUUGUGCUAGAAACAUUGGAUAUUCAAAUGUAAAGGGAAUAAAACAAAGCAAACGAGACCAGAUUACAGUCCUGAUACAGUCUACAAGACAGAGGAUCCAAGAACAGAAGUAGACAUCUAAAUGCAUGAAAGAUACGGUAACUACCAACCAUGAGAAGGAAUAUUAUGUAUGAAAAUAUUAUGUAUUUAUAAAUUUCUUCAGAAAGAUGAUUGAAAGAUAAUUUAUUAUAAUAUGGCAAGGCUGAUAUACUAAAGAAGAUAGUAGACCAAAAGCUAGCCAAAGUAAACUAUCGUCAUGCAAACAGUUCAGGCUAGAAAAGGACAGGCUGAAAAGCUGGAUUAAAAAGUAUCUAUAAUGAAAGUGUGUAACUUAGGAUUGAGGUUGGAAAGAGUGAUUUCCAUAGCUUUUGCAACGGACUAACAAUAUGUAUAUCCUAGUCGCUUGCUGGCGAGCUGGUUGCCAGGCAGUGAGUUUCGUCCAGAUUAUAAAAGACUCCUAGCACCUGCUCCUAGUUCAGAAUUUCAUUUGGCAUUUAAUCUUGCAAUUAAAUCGCAAAUAAUUGGAAAUUAUCAGAUCAAAGAUCAUUAA